CUUAUGACGUCUACCGGUCUCGCACAGUCGCUUGGUCGGAGAGGAAGGGAUUAGAGUUGGAGUGGAUCGCAAAGAUCUAGUUUUCAAAAUGAAUGUUUUAAGAACGUGGAAACAGUUGUCCAGACUUGGACAGACAACGCAAACUCUUCAACAAGGGCUGAUAGGCAGUUUGGUACGACUCCAGUCGACGCAAGCUCAAACUUUGAGCUUGAAAGAAACAAUGUAUCGCAUAGUCCCGGAGAAACAGAAGGAAGUUGCGGAAUUCCGGAAAACUUACGGCGAUAAAUCUUUGGGGGAGUACACAGUUGACCAGGUUUAUGGUGGUAUGCGAGGUAUCAAAGGUUUGGUUACAGAAACCUCACACUUAGAUUCAAAUGAGGGGAUUAGGUUCCGAGGCUAUACAAUUCCAGAAUGCCAAAAGCUUUUGCCUAAGGCAGAUGGCGGUGAAGAACCUUUGCCAGAAGGAAUAUUUUGGUUACUUAUGACAGGAGAAAUACCAACGAAACAGCAGGUUGACAACUUGUCCAAAGAAUGGGCUGCCAAUGCUGACUUGCCGCCACAUGUUGUGCAGAUGUUGAACAACUUUCCUGAGACUCUGCAUCCAAUGAGCCAGUUUAGUGCAGCAAUCUUUAAAGUUCCUUACUCCCAAAUUUCUGAAGAUUUGAUUCUCUCUCCGCAGUUCACUUUUGAUGAUGCCAUGGAUGUGACAGCCAAGAUCACAACAGUGGCAGCAUACAUAUACAGAAAUGUGUUCAAGGAUGGAAAAGUCACACCUGUGGAUCCAGGCAAAGAUUGGGCUGAUAACUUAUCUAGCAUGCUCGGUUUUGAGGAUCCUAUGUUCCACGAGAUGAUGCGGCUGUACCUUGUUCUGCAUGCUGAUCAUGAAGGAGGAAAUGUCAGUGCUCAUACCACCCACCUUGUUGGUAGUGCUCUGUCAGAUCCCUAUCUGUGCCUUGCUGCUGGUAUGAAUGGUCUGGCAGGACCUCUUCAUGGCUUGGCUAAUCAGGAAGUCUUAAUCUGGACCACAAACAUGCUAAAAGAUGUAGGAGACAACCCAUCUACAGAGAAAGUUAGGGAAUAUGUCUGGAACACUCUGUCUGGUGGGCAAGUUGUGCCUGGUUUUGGACAUGCAGUUUUGAGAAAGACAGACCCUCGUUACACAGCCCAGAGAGAAUUUAGCUUAAAGCAUUUGCCAGAUGACCCCCUGUUCAAACUUUGUGGUCAGCUGUAUGAAAUUGUUCCAAAUGUUUUACUGGAGCAAGGAAAAGCAAAGAACCCUUGGCCUAAUGUUGAUGCUCAUAGUGGAGUUCUUCUUCAGCACUAUGGUUUGACAGAAAUGAAUUACUACACUGUUUUGUUUGGUGUAUCGCGUGCCCUGGGUGUGCUUUCAUCAUUAGUCUGGUCUCGUGCCCUGGGUCUCCCAAUUGAACGCCCGAAGAGCAUGACAACGGAAUUGCUUAAAUCAGCUGUUGGUGCUUCAUAGGCACUCCCGAAUACUUUCAAAACAAAAUAUGGAUCUUUGCUGCUGGUCUGCUUAAAGGAAACGGAACUGCAACGAUAAAACACCCAGUGUUGUUUUUAGAAACUUUUUUUUUUUCAAAUUUUCAUUUUCUCUUCUCUAAACUUUCUUUUGUGUGCUUCAACUGGAUAUAACAAGUAAUUAAUAAGUAUAGUACAGGAAAAAUUGUAUUGGAUAAUUCAGUGUUAUUGACACUUUGACUGCACUUUUUAUUAACAAAACAGAAUAAACUCAGGUAUUUAAGAGUGAAGUGUAGGUAGUGAUAACACAUGGAUUGAAGGAUAAAGGGAAAUCAUAUUGUA